UGGUUACAUAACCAGGUGUUCUGCGAUUUGAAUUCUGCGAUUGGUUCUGAUAAAUAGGGGCUGCAGUGGUUUUGGAAUUUUAGUUUUAUCUGUGUAAGGAAAAACUGAUUUCAACAAAAUGAAAUACAUAGCAGCUUUGAUUUUUGUGGUUUUCGCUGUGGAGAUAGCUGUUGGUGUUGAAUACUGUGGUGAGUUGCCUGGUUGCGGAGAAGGCGAAUGCUGCAAAGGAUCAUUCUACCACAGGGUUUGCAUACGUCUGUCUAAAGAAGGUGAACCAUGUGAACGACCAAACAGCGGCGAAAAUUACAGCGUGGCUUGUCCUUGCGAAGAUGGCAUGAUCUGCAGCGUUAUUAACAGAUGUCAGAGACUCGACAAAUAAGAACAGAGAAGUUCUAAGCAUUGAAAUUACAGAAAAGGAAGCAACAUGUUAAAGUGUAUAUCUACAGUAUUAUUCAAUGUUCAAUAAAAAUAAAUAAGAAAUGAA